AUGAAGGAUGUCGAAAUGGUUACAUCCAACGAUCCCUCCCCUCCUCUCAUUCUCGCUAACGGGAUCAAAGGUGCCGAGGAAAAUGGUAUUGUAAUAAACAAUGCUAUUCAUAGCAACGAGCCUUCCUUGACCUCGAAUAACGAAAUUUCAAUGGUUUAUGAAGGUUUGGGCUUGCAGCUAAGAACUCUACCAGAUGUUGUUUCUAACGCAGCAAAGGCGAUUACCGAAGUUGACUCCGGAUCACUUCCGGUACCUUUAUCAUUUGCUUACCUCAACGGAGCGGAAGCAAAGAUUGCCGAAGAUGAAAUAAUGGACGAAAACGUUAGAAGGCUAAGUCUUUCUGAGUUUUUUGGACCUACACUUAGGAAGAGACCCAGAGUGAAUGUCAAACUCAGAAGCAUGAUUAGAAGCAAUGUAUUGAGAGGACCAGGUAUUGAAGCCGAUUUGGUACUCCAAAUCGGGAAAUGGGGCAAGGGUAUAUUGGGAACUUUCAAUUUUCCCAUCGGUAUAACAGUAUGUCCGUUCACAAACAACAUCAUUAUUUGCGAUAGCGGUAACGAUAAAAUUAAAAUCUUUGACGAAAAUGGGAUACAGGAGGUUGUGAUUGGUACGUCUCCCAAAGAGAGAAGGUUUACUAGACCUUCGGCAGCGGUGGUUCUAGACAACGGAAACAUUUGUAUAAAAGAUGAUUUUAGGCUGCAAAUAUACACCCCCACGGGUAAAUUUCUCCAAGCGUUCGGCGAGGGUCACGUUAAUAGGCCAUACGGGUUGAGUUUAACCAAACAAGGUUGGAUUGUGACCUGUUGUUACACCUUCCCUGAACCAACCCUGCAAUUUUACGACAGCGAGACGGGAAAAUUGGUUAAGCAAAGCCCCUUGUAUACUAUAUGCGGAAAUUGGAGACAAGGUUCUAAGUGCCGAUUUUUGGCCGUUCAUGAUGAUUGGAUCGCCGUUACUGAUUUAGGUUUGUAUUAA